UUCGCCGACGCGACUAGUAUUAACUAUGACCCAAGAUGAUUGGAGCACAAUGCUGGAAGGACAUCCAAUAUUUACAUUUCCAAAAGGCUAUGGAGGACCAACGGGACAGUCAGAGGAGUCGCUGGAACUGUCUACGAAUACACUGAAGAAAUCUAUGAUUGAGGGGCGUUUGAAAGAUGGGCUCCCCCUUUCAGGACGCCGUCAGGUUAUGGUCCUGAAGGACUCUGAUCUAAUCGUAGCUGCUGGAUGCGAACUGAGAAUUACUUCCCUUUCGGACUCUAAGCUUGGGAGGAGUACGAACAAGUCGUUCAAAAUCUUGAACACCCCAAAUAUUCAAUUUGGGAUCCACCAACUCGCACUGAACCCAAGCGGGAAGCUCAUAGCUGUGGCAGGAGCAUACCAGGUUGCAGUUGUGGUCCUCCCUCGCGCUGGGUAUUCCAAGCUUGUGCCUUCUUCUGUGGACUGCAAGUCAAUCCAAGUAGGAUUUUUCUACCAUCACUCGCAUUCGUCUGCCCCCAUAGCCAAGAUUGAAUGGCAUCCAUGGGGCGAAGCAGGAUCCACUCUCAUGGUCAUGACUGUCGAUGGGAAACUAAGAGAGUAUGACAUUUCGGUCGAUACUGAAGAGCCCCAACAAGUUCUGUCCUUUGUUUCCGAGAAGAAGACCUCAAAGAAAGGGAAAGCAGACUGGGGCCCGCUCACCGUCUAUGCCGUUAUGAGGUCAGGAGACAUCUAUGCUAUAUGCCCCUACAUGCCCAAAAACGCAUCUGUACCAUCGUCUUAUGUCCAUGCCCUCGAGUGUUUUAUCUCCGCCAAACAAGAGUUUUUAUCCCAGGGAACAUCUAGUGGGAUAUCAGCCCUUUCGACGCUCUACGACUACCAGCGGAAAUAUGUCACAGCCUUGCUGAAGCAACUUCCACCGGGAACUGUGUACCCAGCAAUCUCUCGCUCCUUCUCUAUGCACCCUCCCAUGACCAUCAAAAGCCAACCGAUGCGUCAAGGGCCUUUCCUCCUCCAACCUUCGCCUCGUUCAUUGGAAGACAGUGAAGGCGGUGAUGCAACGGAUAUCGCGUAUCUUGCUUUCAUCCGUGAUGAUGACGACGAAGAUACAGGCGAGACUGAACGUCUUGGAAUUGUCAUUGUCAGUUAUCAAGACGGUAAAGUUGAUGUGUGUCUAGACGUAGAGAAAGUUGAAGCGCGGUGGGAGAGUAAACAGGACAAAUCUCAGGAUUUGCCUAUGCUAGCGGUCUACGAGUGCAUAGACUUGGACUUGAUUUCCAUGCUGAAACAGACAGCUCCUUUGUCAUCGGGCACACCCAUUCUCGACCUCCUUCAAGCAAACCACCCUGUCCUAUUGAUGGAUCCGAUACAUGACGAUACUGUCUAUGUCUACCAUGCUUUUGGCGUUCAUGUCCUUGAUUUUGGAGACCUGCUGCAAUGUCUCACCAGCGGACUCCGCGCAGAUGACGACGAUGGUGUUGCAUUGAAUCAAGCAUUGCAAAAGUCGGCAGGCACGCAUGUCGUGCCCUUGCUGAAUACCUAUUCAGUGGACCGAAGAUGCUCGAAUCCGAUUAUUGCUAUAUCUGUACCAAACGACGUCUAUCUCUCAUACAGUAUCCUAAUUCUUACCUCCGUCUUCCGCUUCACAUCCUUUCCCCUCAACCUUCGCACCGAUCUUUCUCUCUCUCGGACUUCUCCUCAUCUUCCCGACAAAAAUAAUACUUCUGGGACGGAGGAUUUUCUUGCGCCCAUUGAAGGACCAUUGGCAUACAUCUCGCUUCUAGGCACGGAGCCCUUCGUGCCACCUCCAGCGCUUUCACGUCCCUCUGGCCUGCCUAGUAAUCCUCGUAUCGCGGUCGGGACUCCAAACACCAAAACAGAUUUUGUGCUCACCCCUGAAACAUUGCGAUAUCUGGGUUCAACCAUUGAAGGCUUGACGUCACAGAUCCACGAAAUUAUCCUCGCGUACAAAGCCACAGAAGUACGAGCCGAACUGCAGGCGAAGGAAUUUGAGCGUCAGCAACAGAAGUGUAGUGUAAUGCUUGAUCUCAUUGAACGACUGAGCGGCUCGCGGAAUAGCGAAGUCAAAGAGCGGCUCGAGAGAAUACGGGAAGCAUACAGGGCGCUGGCAUCGAGGCUGGAUCACAGACUGCAGACGCUUAUGCAGCAAGCAUCGCCGAAGCUUAGUGAAUACGAGACGAAGUGGUUUGGGGAAUUACGGAGGAUGAAAGCGGAGAUCGCUGGGACGGGCAGGUACGACGAGCAAUCGCUCGCUGCGCGGACAUCACUGCUCAAGCGCGAGUAUGACCGAAUAUUGCCCAGCUUGAAUGACAUGGCUGCGAAAGAGGCAGAGCGCAAGAAGCAUUUGAGUGAGAAUGGACUGGGAUUAUCCCAGGCUUUCCAGUUUGGAGAGCGAUCAAAUCAAGAGCGCACCAAGAUAGCCGAGCUGGAGGAAGAGAUCGUGAAAAUGGCGUCGAAAUUGGAACUUUCGUUGGCUCGCCCACCAUCGCUGCGGGAAAGCCCCUAGGACAACUAGUUAGCACUUUCCAUCUUUGAUCUGUUGUAUUUUCUGUCUGCUUAAGAGCAUGAAUAAUCGCUGCAGGAUACCGCUAGGGUUAUUGUUUCGGUUCACGACUGCCCAGUACUUCGAAGUUCCAAAUCUUGACGUGCAAUGUUUUAAUCAUAUCGCAUGUACCUCUUGCUCACUUCGAUUAGUCACAUCAACCGCAGCCGUAGCACUUUCUAAGGAAGCUAUAUCAGAUGAGCCAAAGACUUUGGCUCGUCCUUCUAAACUGUAUCAGGCCACAUCUAUCCCCCCGUAUCAGCCUGUAAG